CGUCGGUGUCGAGUAGGAAAAAAACCCUUCACAUCCGAGCCGGCGUUCGGAUAAAUGAGAGACCUUUUUUUAACGGAGGUCCAGAGUACAUGCAGGAAUCUCAAAUAUUAACCAGAGUCAUGCAGCCUCAAAUUCAAAGAUUAUUUCCAAGCGACAAUUUAUAGCAUCAAUUUUGCAAAUAGUAAACAUCAUUAGCGGUGACAGAACGACCAGGAAGAGAAGAGGAGCCACUGGUUUAGUUUCGUAAAGGGUUUUCUCGCUGUUUUUUAUUUAAUGAAGUACUUUUAUCAUUUCUUCUCACCAUGAGUUCGAGUUCCUAUUUCGUCAACCCAGCGUUUUUUCCGACUUAUCCUCAUGCAGGAGAGCAGUUUUAUGCCACCCCUCCCGGCAGCUAUGAACUCUCAUCGUGUGCUUUUAGCAAGAACCCCAAAACAUCAUCCUAUUCAUCAAGUUCUUCGUCGCCGAGCCUCGCGGCGUCGACAAAGCCAUCAUGCACCCAGCAGCUCGGUGCUACCACAUUUUACGGGGGAGGGACAUUAUCGAACUUUUCUACGGCAGCAGGGUACGGUGACCACUCGACGACGUCGGCAGGUUACGGGUCCAUCUCCCAACCGAUAUCACCAACGAGUGCGUGGGAUUCCAGAAUGGCUGCCACGUAUAAUUCGACUUCAUGGGGUAGCACAGCGGCGGAGCUGGGUGACGGGAGCUACAGGGGUAGAGUGAACGCUCUGGCCGCUGGUACAGGUUGUUUGGUAUCAGCCGCAGCAGCAGAACCUAACAACAAUCAUUGCUCACAGGUGAUGUCUCCUUGUAAAUCUACCUCAGGUUAUCCAUGGAUGCCCGUGGCAGGUCCAAACGUUGGUCUUGAAGUCGGCAGGAAAAGAUGUCGGCAGACCUACACUCGUUAUCAAACACUGGAGCUGGAAAAAGAGUUUCAUUUCAACCGCUAUCUUACACGAAGGAGAAGAAUCGAACUCAGCCAUCUUUUAGGAUUGACAGAACGGCAGAUCAAGAUCUGGUUCCAGAACAGACGGAUGAAGUACAAGAAAGAGAGCAAGAAUAAAGAAGAAGGAGCAUCGGGAGAAGGUGAGGGUGACAACGAGACCGAUUCAACGGGUACGGAGAACGCUCAAUCUCAGAACGCUGUACACGGGGUGACGAUAUUGGAAAAACCAUCGUCGUUAGUACUGCAUGUAGAAGAGAAUGUUGGAUUGAACGUUGUACGACAUUCGUGAAAAUGUUGACAUGGUAGAUGAAAAGUGACUGUAUUUAAACAAAACAUAUUCCUUGACGUUAAUUGGUAAUUUAUACUAAAAAUGAUAAAUACAAAAAAGAGUCAGGGGAUUGAUUGAUUGAAGAGUUUAUGUGGAACCCAAGGGUAUUGUCAUAUCAUACUUUGGCGUUAAUAUUGUGUGUGUAUGUGUCACCUGGAUGUACAUAGUAAUAUCAACUCGAUGUGUAAAUUAUGUAUAUAAUCUAUGGACUUUGUGUGUAUAGAGAGCAAAAAUAACAUUCUUUGAAUGUUGACAUAGUUUAAAUGUAUGCUGAAGUACAGUGUUGCCGUUAUUGUACACCGCUCUGGCGUCGGACAGUCAAUGGGGGAAACAGCACGAUGAGUAACUCCAUUCGCUGAUUUCAUGCAGUCACGUGACUCACCUCAAAAUAUACGCUCAUGUAAAUUUGCUAUUUUGUUGUUGGUUUUAUCACCCUCAUAUUUUCACAGUACUAAGUUAUGAAAUUUGCUGCACUUAAUCCACGAUGUACAAGUAUAUCAUUACACCCAAGGAUAUUUUAAUGGGUAUAUUUUGUUGAAUAAUUUUGAAAAUUGAAAGGAAUGUCGUGUAAAGUUUUCUCAGGAGGUAUAACGUGCAUGACCACAGUCACAAUUAAAAAACUGGGCGUUGUGGCGUGCGCCUGUAAUCCAAGCUGUGGAAAGGUUACAAAUUGAUGCAGAGGUUCGAGUCCUGA